CUUCACAAUCAAGUCACUUAGGCUUCAGUUCAGAUUCAUUUCUUCAAACCGUCACUCAACUCCUUUUCUUUAUUUAAUCACUCGAGUCCACCGCAAAUUAGACUCUCUACCUUUCCAACCGAGUCUCUCCAACAUCUCAGUCUUCUCUCUGUUCCAGUUCUCAGGCAAUACCAAUCAUCGGUCAUGUUUCAGUCCAUGUUUACAUAACUGUCUCGCACCGGUAUUUCAAAGAUUACACAGCGGAUUCGUUCCGAUUCGCAAGCGUGAGUCGGAAUUUGCGUUUGCUGGACAAACGGGUUUCCUGCACCAAACAAGAUACAGGUCUUCGAAACUGCUAUUACAGCAUUCGAGUCAGGCCGUUGGUAUUAUUCAAUAUAGACCUUUGUCACCACUAUGAAACCUGACUUCGGCGGGGCUUCCUGUAAUGCUGUCUGUGAAAUGGCUUCCUGCUACGAAUCUUUCAACGGUUCCCACAACGAUUCCUACGAACACUCAUCGACACGAAUCCCAACUUACAGCCCGCCUUCAACCGAGCAAAUACUUGUCAUUGUCUCAAUGUGCGAUGGUAGUCUCUGGAUUGCCUCCUCGCGUCAAUACGGUGAGACAAAGAGUGUCCUUUCAUUGUCACACCACUCCAUCAAAAUGAAUUGUUACAUGAGCAAGUGAACAGGGACUACAUGUAGAUUUGAGCCACACAACCAAAGGCUCUAGGUUCUUUUGUCCAAGUACCACAUGUAGAUAUGGCACAUGGCUUUAUGUUCACCUCCCAUAUUCACCGAUGGCUUUGUAUUCACUGCUCAUAUUCAACAAUGAGCAUGGCGCUCGCCGCCUGUGUUUACUGCCUCACCUUUCUCUCACCUGGCGAUCCAACCUUUUCCUUCUCCCACACCUCCUCCCAGCCCUGUACCAACAUCAUCAUCUUCAACCCUCUCUAUCAGCACCCAUUCAACCUUCCCGGCUCUCGGCAGUCUCUAGAACUCUAGCAGUCAAAUAGAGUCAACCUUCAGCACCCUUCUGCCUCGCCGCGAGCGCGCGCGAACAGAGAUCCCGUGAAACUUAGCCAACGGUGAGCCAGAAUUCAGAUCGGUGGGCCUGGAAUUGGGUGUCCAAGCUCCACAUGUGUUCCCUGCCUUCUUGGGCCUAAUUUCACCAUGGCACCUCAAAAGAAGAGCAAGGCUGCGGCCAAGAAAAAGGCAGUCAAGAAGAAGGUGACUAGUCAAGAUCGGGUUACUCAAAGCGACGCCCAGUCCGACGGGCUUCACCAAUCGUCAUCUGCCAUCGUUCAACCAGAUCCGUCCACCGUGGAAGAUGAUCGGUCCUCGCCCACCACGGACCAACCACACACGCCACUCGCCGAAGCCAGCACUGCGCCAGCGAAACGAAAGCAACCGUCGGAGUCCCAGCAAGCUGCCAAGAAGCAGAAGACUGACCAAGAUGACAAGGUAUUGGAACGUCGCCGAAAGAAGAAUCUAGCUCGACGAAAGGCGCCUGCGGAGAGCAUCAAAGACCUAGAGAAGUGGAAAGAGGUGGUGCUGAAGACUUACAUUCCUGGCAUCAACGUCAUAGCCGACAAGUCGCAACUGCAUCGCAAACAGAGAGAGCUCGCUGGAUAUCUCGGUUUUGACACCACUCAGGGUCUUUCUGAUAUGAUUGACCGACAUGACGCCAGCCUAGCACCGUUCUUCGACGCUCGGGAUGACUGUUUUCAGAUUCCAGACUGGAAACCCACCAGCACCAUUGCCGAUUAUGCCAUCAUGGAGCACAUGCGUGGCGCGAUCCCGGGUGACCGUUGGUACGAUCUGCUCAAGUUGAAGACCGGCAACCUGGCCACCGAAUCUUGUCCCACGUGGGAUGACCUCAAGACCGACACGAGUUUCGCUCGGGCCUGCUGGGUGGCCAUUGUUAUCCACGUCAUCCGCGCCGAUCCCAAAGUCUUUCGAGAGUCAUUCACUCGCCUCGCCGACGCCAACGACCAGUGGCUCGAUGAGCUAGCUCCCGAAGACUGUUACCGGGCUCUCAAAUUUGUCAGACACUACGACUUUGUCCGUGGCGCCAAGCAGAAAGGAGCGUACAAUGCAAUCGACGUGAAAAGUACACGGAUAAACUACCUCGAAUACGAGGAAAUCCAAGCUGCCACCAAAGCUGCCAACGUGCGCGAUUUACGGGCUCCCAUCACUACCGCCAAGGCACAGGCGCAGCUGCUUUACGAACAGUUUGCUGAGUGGAAUGCGCCAGUCCACCUCGACACGACCGCGGCCACCGAGCACCUCGUCAACGAGAUCGGUCAGACGGGCGACACGCUCGACGACACCACCGCCGGGCUCUCUGGCAAGCACGACUAUUCUGGCCCCAAACUCCCUCCGCUGGACGCCGAGACGAUCAAAUUUGUCCUGCAAACCAUGGCCUCGCGAGCGAACAUUCUCCACGACCGACCAUCCGAUGAAAAUGACGAUGUCGCCGACGAAGCGAUCUCCGCCGCGAACCGUCUCCCCACGGAGAACAAUGAAGAUUUUGUCGAACGCAUGAAGAACAAGGCCUUCUGGGACGUCCGUAAUUCACUCAGCACCGUGACCGUUCAACUUCCGACCAUUCAAGAGGCGCUUCGGGAGUUGACCUUUGACGACCAGCUGGACACGUUGGACUCUGAGAAAGUCUUUCGACCCAGUCUCGACCACCCUACCGGCAUCGACCCCGCGUGCAGCGGGAGCCCACUCCGACCGAAGGUCUGGCAGCACAUCGUGGCGGCAUGGGAGCUGCGAAUGGAGGAAGGCCCCCUCAAGGGAGGCAUCAACGGCCUCGACUGCGGCAUGGGUAAAACCAUCAUUCAGCUCCUGGGGAUCUAUGUGUCGGGGCUGAAGAAACUCCGCCGCCACCUCGCGGGGGAGAAGGACUUGGAUUUUCGACCGACCGCCAUCGUCGGCACGCCGCCCACGGUGCGAGUGUGGCAUGACGAGUUGCUGAAGUACUUUUCCAACGCCCUGAAAUGGAAGGUCUUCUAUGGCCGACAGCACGACUCUCGCGACCUCGACAUGAAAUCCCGACUCUUGCCAACGAACCCGCUGGCGGCCCGCGAGGAAAUCGAGAAAGCGUUUCCCCCCGACAACCCCAUGAGCGCCUUUGGCGUCGUGAUUCACUCGUAUGAUACGAUGGCGCACCGUACCCUUCUCGAGGCUCCGAAAGAGAAGGCGGAAAAGGUUUCCAGCAUCCUCGAAGAAGUUCCCCAACCGCGAUCAGACAAUCCUUUGAUGAAGACACAUCUCCAAUGGAUGGAGUCCGUCAUGCAGGGUGACCCCCAUCAAGACAAAGAGCCAUCCGAAGACCACGAACUCGAAGAGGCUGAGGCGGCCGACGCGGCGACGUCGAGCGAAGGCACGUACCACGUCUCCUACUUUGUGGGUCUCUACCACCGCGUGGUCUGUGACGAAGCGCAUCGAAUCAAAAACGCUCGCACGAAGAUGUUCAAAUCGGUGUACCUCAUGCAUGCGCCUGUCAAGUGGUACGUCACGGCCACGACACUUCACAAUAACGCCGGGGACCUGGUGGGGGCACUCAAUCUGUUUUGGGACGACUCGUUCGACGAAGACCUCGCGGCCCUGGACGACUACGAGGUUGAGGCGGAUGACAUCGGCACCUAUUCGUCAGAGACGGCCUCGGACGUCGAGUCCCAUUGUCCGAACUACAUGGAGAAAUACGGUGAUCUCCACCCGUACCUGUUCAACCCGAGGCGAUAUGCUCGCAUGUUCGAUCGAGGCUUGAUCAAAGGCGAAGGCGCCUUUCGCAUCCUUCGGCCCAUCCUGUCUCGCAUCCAGGUGAAGGCGACCAUGGGGACCAGAUUUCUCCUCGGAGAUCAGGAAAUCAGCGCCGGAGACAGUGUUCCUCGGUAUCGCAUCACGGGGGUCGAGUUGCAACAAUCUCCGUACGAGCAAGCUCGGUACAACGAAAUCUGGAAGACGUUCGCGCCCUUCCUCAGCCAGAAGGGCUACACGGGCGAGGUCGGCGCCACCACGUCGGGUCGAGCCAUCCUGGGCGCCCGCGGCGGGCGAGCCAUGGGGAUCCACCGGCACCUGUGCCACUCCACCUUCGACCUGCACCUCCACACGUUGGGCCUCGUCAAGGAUGAAGACAAAGCUCAACACGUGGCCACGUGGCGGGAGAUCGGCGGGGACGGUGGCUUCAGUCAAUAUUAUCACCUAACCAAACCCACACCACACCAGGCACCGCCGUUUGAGCGGAUUGGGGUGGCAAUGUACUGUUGCGAAGAGUCCAUCAAGCUUCGAUAUCUUUGUGCACAGAUUCUCGAAGCCAACUACGAUCACGACGAUAAGCUGCUCGUCUACGUCAAUUGGCCUCAAACACAGUGGCUGACGGAGUGUUUCCUGAACAACCUCGGUAUCUCGAACUACUCCUUGACCACAAGCCUCAAGACGGCUGAAAAGGACGAGAUGAUUAAGGCUUUUAACGACCCGGACGACCGUGUCCGCAUCUUGAUCGCCAACCUCCGUUCGUCAUCACAGAGCGUCAAUUUGCAGAAUGCGUGCCACCGGGUGCUCAUCCUCGACGCGCCGGACAGUUUGAACAUCGAGGUGCAGGCGUUCGGCCGGGUUCAUCGAUUCGGGCAGAAGCACGUUCAAGACAUUGUGUAUGUCUGUGUGCUGGACACAUAUGACCAGUGGCUCUACGCCAACAAUACGGAGAAGAUGCUCGCGCAGGUCCUUGCCGGUGCCGAAAUCGGCGAGGACACGUUGAAAUUCGAUCCGUUGAACCGUCUCGGUCAAGAUUUUCGCGCCGCACUGGAGGCCGCCCCGGUGGACCAAGGUGUGGUCGACAUGGUCAGUGUCGAUUACGUCCGAGAUUCGCGCAAUCGCAAGUUUUCCGAGGCCGCCGAGGAGUAUAUCCGUCGAUUCUUUGGCAUGCGCACCAGCCGUCUCGGGUGGCGCACCAUGGACCUGCACGAGCCACACCGUUCCGCUUCGGCAUCCCACGCCCCCUUCGCUCGCAAGGACGGAGCGACCCCGCCCCCAUCCACCACACAAACCCCCCUCCCUCCUCGACUCCAAGAGUCAUCUCAACACCACUCCGUGCGCCGCCUCGCUCUCGACCAGAAUCUUGCCGAAGCACAGUCACAUUUGCGGUCACCACAGUCCUCGAUCCCUCCCGCCGCCCCCGUGGUGAGCCCGUCUGUCAGUAGUCUUCUGGGACACGGCCCUUUGACGACUCCAGACCCUCCUUUCUACUCUAUCGUGAUCUCGCGGGACAAGGGGAAAGGUCGAGCCACCAAUGACGUCUCCGGGCCGUCGGGGUCCAAGAACAGUGACAUCAGCCCUGAUAUCGACCCUGAUCUCGACCCUGAUCUCGACCUUGGUUCCGACAGUCCACUGAGUUCUACAAACUCAUCCCUUCGAACACCUAACCCUCCUCUUCCCCCUAGCCCGCCGCAGGCCAGCUCGAGCCCAAGCCUUCGAGCAUCUAAGCGGCAACGCAAGGCCCCUGAGUUCUUCACGCCUGGAAAGUGAGUGAUCACUGGAUGCUUCUGGAGCCUGGGGCUACAUGUGCCACUUGGGCCGAUCACGAAUGGGAUUUAGACAUUUCAUCAGGGUUUAGCGAGAACUCUCGAAGAUCACGACAGAUGAUUUCACUUGACAUGGGAUUAUCGUGCUGAAGUUGUUUUUUUCUCUUCUUUCUUUCUUCGAGUCAUGGAUCCGCGGUCUGGAAUGCAUGCUUAGGGUGCUUAGGGUGCUUA